AUGGCCCUAGACAACACGCUAAUUCGGGCCGCCAGCCAAAAGCAGUUCCUGGACCAUUGCCUGUCGACCAUUCACGAUUUAACGAGUCAGACCCCAUUGCCCAGUCUCUCGACACGAUACAACUGCAUUCGCCAGCCCGAGCCCAACGGUGGCGGGCGUAGAAGCAGCGUUUAUUAUGAGACUCAUUAUGAGAUUCACUAUGAGAUUCACGAUGAGAUUCACUAUGAGAUUCACUAUGAGACUCAUUAUGAGAUUCACUAUGAGAUUCACUAUGAGAUUCACUAUGAGACCUUUCCCGCCGGCGCGGCUUCCGCUAUAUCGGAUUGGAGUGCCGUGCUGCCACUGCUUGUCAUGUAA